UCCCCGACGCUGGGCGAAUGGACGCGGGGCCUUGGACCGCCCGAUUCCGGCCCCCUCCAUCCUCCCGUCACAUUCUGGGCUUCUCCACCAUCAUCGAUGACUGACGAGAGAAUAGGAUGAGAGUGGCUUGCUGUAAUUCGUUCCCUCGCCCGACGCCUACGGGCCCUGCAGCGUGCCAGGCUUGGGGCUUGGCAGCCCAACGUCUGCCCUUCAGUGUGGCGGUGGACUAAUGGCACACAGUAGCGGGUCUUCGAAAACCCCAGUGCCGAGCGCUCUAACGAAACUGCAAUUUCCGGGUCUGGUGGCGCAGACUUGUAAUCUCAGCUAUUCGGGAUGCUGAGGCAGGAGAAUUGCACAUUCAAUGCCUGCCUGGGUUAUAGAGCAAAUUCAAGUCCACCCUAGGCAAUUUAUGGAGAUCCUGCCCCAUAACUAAAAGUUAAAAAGGGGCUGGAGAGAUGGCUUAGCCGUUAAGGUGCUUGUUGGCAAAGCCGAAAGACCGAGGUUCGUUUUCCCAAUGCCCACGUAAAGCCAAAUGCAGCCGGGCGUGGUGGCGCGCCCGCCUUUAAUCCCAGCCCUUGGGAGGCAGAGGGAGUACCUGACUGGCUUCCACAAGCGGAAGGUGGAGAGGAAGAAGGCGGCCAUCGAGGAGCUAAAGCAGCGGCUGAAGCAGGAGCAGAAGAAGCUCCGGGAGGAGCGCCACCAGGAAUACCUGAAGAUGCUGGCAGAGAGAGAGGAGGCGCUGGAGGAGGCAGAUGAGCUGGAGCGGCUGGUGACAGCGAAGACAGAGUCGGUGCAGUAUGACCACCCCAACCACACCGUCACUGUGACAACCAUCAGUGACCUGGACCUCUCGGGGGCUCGGCUGCUCGGACUGCCCCUACCUGAGGAAGGGGACAGGGACGGAUCCAAUGAGGAAGCAUCAUCCAUGGAGAAGCCAACCAGAGCCUUGCCCAGGAAGUCUAAAGACCCCCUGCUGUCUCAGCGAAUCUCCUCUCUCACGGCUUCACUGCAUGCACACAGCCGGAAAAAGGUCAAGAGAAAACACCCCCGACGGGCCCAGGACUCCACCAAGAAGCCUCCAAGUGCCACUCGUACCAGUAAGACCCAGCGCCGCCGAUUGACAGGCAGAUCACGGCACAGUGGGGAGUGAACUGCCGAGAGGACAGCAGGCUGUCCCUGUUCCCUAGACACAUGCAAGGCAUGACUGCAGUCUGAGCUGGGAAGCCACAACCCGUCCAGCCUGGGGUCAUCCUUGUCUGGGACCACCCUUGGAUUGGAGCUCGGGAGAAGCGGGUGGCUGAGUUGUCACCUCUCUGAGCCUGAGAGCCGGGUCAGGGUAUCUUCACAAAUGUCCAUCCGCCUGGAACUCAUCAGAUUUGUGAAACUUA